AUGAAAUUAAAAAAAGUAUCAGAAACUCCAGCACAAAAAAUACAUCGUUAUGCAAAUUCUGGCGAAUAUCUCAUUCAAAAAUACUUUGGAUAUUCCCAAUAUAUACAACAUGCAAGUCAGAUAGUUAUUCACGAAUAUGGUACACAACAUGGAAUACCUUUGACGAAUUUCAUGAACGCACAAUAUUUUGGUGAAAUUUCUAUUGGAACACCACCGCAAACAUUCAGUGUAGUAUUUGAUACAGGAUCAUCAAAUUUCUGGGUUCCAUCGACCCGCUGUACCUCGAUCGCUUGUUUUCUUCAUCGUCGGUAUAAUUCAGACAAAUCUAGUACUUUCAAACCUAAUGGCACGGGAUUUGAAAUUCACUAUGGCUCUGGAAGUUUAGAAGGAAUUAUUAGUAAUGAUGUUUUACAAAUAGCAGAUCUUAAAGUUACGGAUCUAGAUUUUGGUGAAUCUAUCAAAGAACCUGGUAUAGUUUUUACUUUUGGCCGCUUUGAUGGUAUUUUUGGACUUGGUUAUGAUAACAUUGCUAUCAAGGGUGUUGUUCCUCCUUUUUAUCAUCUAGUAAACCGUAAAUUAAUUGAUGCACCAAUUUUUUCUUUCUGGCUUAAUGACGCUGAUAAAAAUAAUAAUGCUGUUGGAGGCGAACUGAUUUUCGGUGGUAUUGACGAAUCUCACAUUGCUGAAACUAUUCAUUGGGCUCCCGUUAGAAGAAAGGGUUAUUGGGAAAUUGAAUUAGAAAAAGUUGUUUUGGGUGGAGAAGAAGUCGAGAUGGAUGGAACUGGCGCUGCAAUUGAUACCGGAACUUCUCUUAUAGCAGUACCUAGUAUUGUUGCCGACUUGAUUAAUAAACAACUUGGUGCUAAGAAAAACUUUGCUGGCCAAUAUAUCAUCGAUUGUGAGAAAGUACCAUCCUUACCUGAUUUCAGUAUGCAAUUCAAUGGCAAAUUAUUCACCUUAAAUGGUUCUGAAUAUGUUUUGAAAGCCCAAAAUCAAUGUAUUUCCGCUUUUAUUGGUCUUGACAUUCCCGAACCACUGGGUCCUAUUUGGAUAAUUGGUGAUAUAUUUCUACGUAAAUUCUAUUCGAUUUAUGAUCUCGCAAAUAAUAGGGUCGGACUUGCUAAAUCGAAAUAG